AUGAGCGGCGGGAGCGUCGGAAGCCAGGCGCUGCGUCGAAUCGGCAGCGGCACGAGCUUCCCGAGCCAUGGCGUCGCGUCGACAGCAUCCUCCACCGCCGUCGCCGCGUCGUCUUCCGCAAUUUCCGGAUUCCCGUCCGCUCCCUCGCUUACUCCCCCCUCGAUCUCCUCGCGUUCCGCCGUCUACUUCCCCCCGCAUCGCACGCAGCUCCCCCCGCGCUACGCCUACGCAUCGUCCGCAUCCGGCGGGUCCGGCCGACCGCGCAAGGCCCGCGCGAUACUCUGCUUCAUCCUCCUCGCAACCACCUUCGUCCUCCUCUUCUCCUCCGCGCUUUACGCGCCGUUCGCGCUCUCCCUCUCCUCGUCCCCGUCCUCCUCAUCUGCCCUGUCAGUGUCCAGCGGUCGCGCCUUGGGAACUAUUUCCCGCUCCUACUCCAUCAUAAUCGACGCGGGAAGCACCGGGUCGCGCGUCCACGUGUACUCGUACACGCGGCUCGCGGACCCGUCCGCGCUUCCGCUCGUCGACCCGCACGCGCCGACUCUUAAGAUCCGCCCAGGACUCUCGUCGUUCGCUGCGGACCCGGCCGCGGCCGGCGGGUCGCUUGUGGGACUUAUGGACUUCGCGAAGACCAAGGUUCCCCGCGCGCUGUGGUCCGCCACGCCCGUGCGCCUGAUGGCGACGGCGGGGCUGCGGCGCCUGCCCGCGAGCGGCGCGCGCAGGAUACUGCAGUCGUGCGCGGAGGUGCUGGGGGCGUCGGGAUUCGCGUUCGACCCGGAGGAUGGCGCUACCGUCAUUGCAGGCGUGUGGGAGGGCGUGUACGCGUGGGUGGCGGCGAACUACGCCAAGGGCACCCUGGGGGGCGACGCGAGGGACUCCGUGGGGGUCGUGGAGAUGGGGGGGGCGUCCGCGCAGGUGACGUUCGUUCCAGAUGAGCCUCCCCCAGAUGAGUACCGGCAUGACAUUUCCUUGGCUGGCGUGGACUACGUGCUCUACUCCCACAGCUUCCUGCACUACGGCCAGACCGCCUUGGCUGGCGUGCACUAUGUGCUCUACUCCCACAGCUUCCUGCACCACGGCCAGCCAGGAGGUUUAUCCGCUGCUGCUGCUGCUACUGCUGCUGCUACUGCUACAGCUGCUACAGCUGCAGGUGCAGCAGGUGCAGCAGCAGAGGCAGUACGUAGACUGGGGCUGGAGAAGCAGCUAUGGCAUGGCAACCCGUGCAGACACCACGUGCUGCCAUCCCUCCUUGCCCAACCUCCCACCUCCAUCCCCUCUUCCCCCUCCUCCUCCUCCUCCUCCUCCACAGUAGCACCAGCAGUAGGAACGGGAGGAGAUGCAGCAGCAGCAGCAGGAAAGGAGGUGGCACUCGCCUCUCCACUUCUGCGCUCGCAACAACAGCAACAACAGCAACAACAGCAACAACAGCUGCAGCAGCAGCCAGGGCACCAUCGCACUGCUAACUUCUCCCUCUGCAGACACCUGGCCACUCGCCUCUUCACUCAUGCUCGCCCAGACAGUCAGCACACCCCCCCUGUGCCCUGCCCCUACACGCGCUGCCCUUUUGCGGGCGGGGUGUUUGUGCCAGAGCUACGAGGGCAGUUCUUUGCAACCGAAAACUUCUUUUACACGUCGGAGUUUCUGAAGCUCCCAGCAACAGCAACACUGGCGGAGUUUGCCGCUGCAGGAGCAAGGCACUGUGCCCAGGGCCUUCCCCCAAUCCCCUCUCCUGCCCGUGCCAAUCACACGCUGGGAGCGCAAGGCGAGAGCGGGGGGAAGGCUCUGGGUGCUGCUACACGCAGGGAUGGCGAUGGUGCUGGGUCUGGUGCUGCUGCUGUGGGUGCUGCGGUUGCAGCGGCUGUGAAGCUGUCGCGAAAAGAGGGCUUGGGGAUGAAAGGAGGAGCGGGGAGAAAGAGGGAAGGGAAACCGGGGGAGGGGAAAAAGGGAGGGGCGGGGGUUGGUGAGGAGGGGAGUGGGAUGGUAGUGAGAGAGGAGGAAAAAGGGAGUGCGGUGGUGGUGAGUGAGAAGGAGGUGAAGGAGCAUGGAAAGUACUGCUUCUCGGCUUCCUACAUUGUGGCCUUCCUGCAUGAUGCUCUGGGGGUUUCCCUGCACGACACCAAUGCAUCCAUUCGUUGGCACAUGCACAUGCACCCACAUGUCGUCUCCUUCUCUUUCCUCCUCCGUCCCUUCUCCCUCAUUUCGCUUGCCCACUCUCAUCCCUGCCGCCCGCUUGCCCUCGUUCGCUCACCCCUCCACCAAUCAGGGUUCGCUUCACCAACCGGGUGGGACCGCAUGACAUAG